GAAUGCCUCGACCCUUAGGGUAAAUCUGGUGGUUAUGUCAUCAGAGGAGGUGGAGGAAAAUAGGAAUAGCCAUUAAAAUAAUGAGAAAGAAUCAGAUGAGGAGAGAGACUAGUUCAGACACCCAGUUUCUCCACAGUUCAGGACAGCCUGGGGUUUUUGCCUGCCCUCAGAAGGACCCAGAGGAUUUGUUUACUGGUUGUUACCCAGGGGGUGUUAUAAAGAGUCAUAUUUACGAGCUAGACGGGCUGUGAUAACACGAUCUAACCCCUCUUCUCAAGGAGAUCAUCAGUGAUGACCCAAGGUUGCUGCUUCCAGACCAAAAUUCAGAACAAUACAGAAUCCAGGCAGCAUUCUACCCUAAAGAAUAGGGACUGCUUUCCUCUAGGCGAUUAUUUUAGAGCAACCUCUCCGCCCCCACCCCCCACCCUGUGCCAAGGGCAAGUGACGGUCCACCACUGUCUGUAGAGACUCAGUCACUGCAAUGGAUGGCGCCCCGAGCAGGGUCCAGGAAGCCCAGGGUCAGGCACUCUCCAGCCCAUUCAAGGGCACACCGACAGAGCGAUACACACAACUGCUCCAGGCCGGACACCAAAGCCCACAGCUUCAGGCGAUCAGGCCACAUCCCAAGCGCAAACAACGCGGGCAGCCACCGCUCCCCUCUUCUGCUUCACUCGCAGCGCCGCGGGAGCUCUGGCCGCACAUCGAGGGUUAUGUAACACCUAUCUGUCACGGUCUGCAUGUCCAGGGGACUUUCAAAAUAAUGGUGGCGAAUAACAAUUCACGGCGGUACGGUCAUCGCACGGAAUGCUAGGAAACAUGGUGGAAUGGUGCUUACCCCAAGAUAUUGACCUUGAAGGUGUGGAGUUCAAGUCUAUGGCCAGCGGAUCCCAUAAAAUUCAGUCUGAUUUCAUCUAUUUCCGGAAGGGGCCCUUCUUCGGCCUGGCCUGCUUCGCCAACAUGCCGGUGGAAAGCGAGCUGGAGCGUGGCGCCCGAAUGAAGUCUGUGGGCAUCCUGUCUCCAUCCUACACCCUGCUGUACCGGCACAUGCACUUCCUGGAGAACCAAGUUCGACACCAGCUGGAGACCCCGGGUCAUUACUCUCACCUGGCUGCCUUCUAUGAGGACAAGAAGGGGGUGCUCCACGCCGGUCCGGGGAGAGGUGGCGGCCUGCCCCCCGUCUACUGGCUGCCUUCCAUCCACCGAUACGUGUACCCUGAGAUGAAGAUCACACACCCAGCUGGCUGCAUGUCCCAGUUUAUUAAGUUCUUUGGCGAACAGAUCCUCAUCCUUUGGAAAUUUGCCUUACUUCGAAAGCGCAUUUUGAUAUUUUCUCCCCCUCCAGUGGGCGUUGUAUGCUAUAGAGUGUACUGCUGCUGCUGCCUGGCCAACGUCUCCCUGCCUGGCAUCGGGGGCACCGUGCCCGAGUCCAAGCCUUUCUUCUACGUCAACGUGGCCGACAUCGAGAGCCUGGAGGUAGAGGUGUCUUACGUGGCCUGCACCACGGAGAAGAUCUUCGAGGAAAAGCGGGAGCUCUACGACGUCUACGUGGACAACCAGAACGUGAAGACGCACCACGACCACUUGCAGCCACUGCUGAAGAUCAACAGCGCCGACCGGGAGAAGUACCGGCGGCUCAAUGAGCAGAGGCAGAUGCUGUUAUAUUCCCAGGAGGUGGAAGAAGACUAUAACCCUUGUGAAGAGGACCUCUUCGUGCUGUUUUUCCUUGAGCAAAACAACCGGAUAUUUCAGACUUUGUUGGAGGUGUCCGCCAGUCAAGACAAGACUCUGACAGCUGAGCAUGCUCGGGGCAUGGGUUUAGACCCCCAAGGAGACCGGAGUUUUCUUAUGGACCUGCUGGAGGCCUACGGCAUCGAUGUUAUGUUGGUCAUUGACAACCCCUGUUGCCCAUAGGAAGGAUGCGCCGCUAUCACGCGGGGAUGGCCUGAUUUCUAAUCGACACACAGGAGUAUUUAUACUUCCAACAAAUGUAAUUUUUGCAUCUCCUUUCUUCCCUUCUUCCCAAGAGGUAAGAUGAGAGUGCUUUGAUUUUGGAGGUCGUUGGAAGCUACCACUUUCCAAGCUGCUGCUGGGUUCAGACUUAGAGGAGUUAUCAAAGCAGCCUCUCUCGUCUCCUCAUGAUUGACUUGAGGUGAUGGGGUGGAGGCCACCUCUCACCAGGAGCUCUGGACACCCUGGCUGGACUGUUGGGGAGUCUGUCUGGUCUCUGUCAUCUGAUGUAUCAAGAAUGAGACCAGUCUGUCCAGUGUGGCCUCGCAUAGCCAUCUGCCCACAGCAGAAGCUAGACCAGAUGGCCUUCCAAGGUCUUCAUCAGUUCUGAGAGUCUUGUCUUGCGGUCAAAUUCCCUUUCUGGUUUAUUUAGAGUAAAUCUGUGUUUUCUCUGUUCACGUAGAGACUUCAGAGUGGGACGAAGGAUGUUUCUGUCACCAGGUAUGAAGCUUCUCUAGACAGAGGGCAGGGAGAGGUGGCUUCUCAGUCAGCUGGAAACUAAAGCUGUAAAAAUGAAGCCUUGAAACCUUUCUCGAAGUUAACGGUGGCCGCUCCAUGUCAUAGUCUUGUUUCUCUGAAUCCCCUCCUGGGACGAGCUGGCACAUUCCUCCGGGCUGAUGUCAACAGGAAUGUGUACCAGUUAGGAGCCUUCAUAAACAAACUCUCUCUAGCAGGGACAACAUUCCUCAAGCUAGGGACCUGGGACCAGAGACGUACCAGACUUAUUAGCAGAGGCGGCAGUGCCUGCACCCAGGGGAGUGGUUGGGAACCCCGUGAGUGCGUGAUGAGUUUCUCUGCUGUGCUCUGGAGUGCUUGGACCUGGGAUAUCUCCUGUCGGCCCCGCCUGUUCUCUUUGGCUGGAGUGUUCAGUGGGUGUCAGCCUAGGUGAGACAACCACGGUUUGUUAGAGAGGCCAGCUCCUGUGAGUCGAGUAGAGGUCUUCUGGGCCAGUUCAGGAUUUUGACUUGGGGUCCUGGGUUGUUUGUGACAUAUAACUUUCUCCCCUUCACUAUUCCUGCCUGGCUGUGUUAUUGGAAUAGGUGUCUGUGUAUCUGUGUCCGAGACCAAGUUUCAGCCAGGCUAGCGUCAGAGAGAAAUCACUUUCAAAUGGAUGGAUCAUGUGUCUUGUCUCGAGACUAGCUUUGUAGGGCUUAUUGCUUUAUUCAAAACCAUUCUCACUGCAGCUCCCUGAUACAGAAUUCAAGACUAAAGAAGUUCACAUGUGGAAAUGCAGACACUGACUAAUUGAGGUAGUGUCUUUUAUGUAAAUAUAUAAAUAAGUUUGGGCAUUGAAAUGUAAACUGUACAUUUUUCUCCUCUGUGGGUUUAGCCAUCAUUUCAGUAAUAUAUUUGUUUACAGAAGAAAAAAAGAAUCCGUUUAGAA